AUGGCUACCGAAACCUCGCCCCGAACGGUUCGCUUCUCUAACGCCGAGGAGGACCCCCGACCAGAUAAAUCCAAGACGCCGCGGCCCUCAUCCGUAAUACUUGAGCGUCCUAGUGACCAUGUCGAUGAAUAUAUUGACCCUCCCCACCGUCCCCUCGGUUCCCAGGAGGAUCUGACCAGCUUGGCCCGCUAUGCCGAAUCCGCUGGCGUACCUACCCCCAAGGCGACCCUCGCUCCUCCCGUCAACGGCGGCUUGAGGAGUACGAGGAGUAGUGCCUCGGAUGGAGAUGGUCAGCUCUACACUAAUGGAAGCGGGACCCCAAGGCCCGCACGACCGACCGGUCCUGCGAGGACGCCCUCUAGCACAUAUGCUCCCGUGCGCCGCCCGCUUCAAGGGAACCCGUCAUUUAGCGAACACCCGCGCUCGUCCUCCAAAACCCGCAGAGGAGAUCGAUUUAGGGAUCGAGCCUACCUGCAGAGGAUACGCCAAGAUUUCAACAGCGAAUACUUCAAUUCCUACUCGAAUAGCUCCUCCACCACCACUCACGGCGAUUCCGAUUCCGAAGGUGAGACCCCUUCCUCCGAAGGGCCAUUUGACGAGCGAAACGAAGAAAUCAUCAUGUUUUACGGCAAUGACGACAUGCAACCCACCGAAGAGGACGUCAAGGACCCCGCCAGCCGAGAGCGUCUGGAGUGGCAUGGCAUGCUCGAGGCCGUGUUAACCGGCGACGUCGUCAAGCAAGAGAAGAAGCGGCUAAUCAACUCGACCGACCGAACGGACGGCAAGGCCCUACACCAAAGCGAGGAGCUGUGGCUUGGAAUCCGGUCCAGGGUUUGCGGCCGUCAUCUACCGGUGCAGAGGAGGAUGGUGGAGGACGCUCGAUCAGCUCUCGACCGUAUCCUUGACGAUGUUGUCAAUUUCCAGAUCAAGGGCGAGAGCGAGGCCGGCAAGCCACCCCACGAGCAAGUUAAGAGCAUCGUUGCGGAGAUUGAAAAGUGCGACAACUAUUAUCCUUCUUGGUCCGUCCUCGUCCGGAACCACAAGACGGCCGAGUCGCCUGGCUUCGUCGAGGCUUACGGCGCCAUCAUGGCGUGGCACAACACAAACGAGCUCAUCAACACCGAGUUGUCCAUCCUCAAGAAGUGGGUGGGCAAUGAGGACCUCGACUUCACCAGGGCCAAGGAGCGCUUGCCCUCGACCUCCUCGCUCAACGACGAACCUUCAUUCCUUGACCGCCUGAUGAAGGAGGACGGUUUGAGAACCCUUUACUCCGAGGAGGACGAUACCGAAAGGCACGGCGUCGACGAUUCUCGUCGUGGCCUAGAAGUCAUGGAUCAGCGCAUGGCUGGCGAUCUUGACCCUCACCCUCUACCCGAACUUGAGCGAGUCGGCAUGCACUACAUGCGCCGCGGCACGGACGGCAAGAACAAGAGGGACAAGGGCAUGUUUGUCCGCAUCUCGAGUGUUAUUCGCAAGUCGAAGCGGACCCUGAUUGAAAACUACCCCGCCUUCCAGAAGCGCCACCUCCCGCCCUACAUCGAAGAACUUCUCACGCUCAUCAGCUUCCCCUCCCGCCUAGUCGAGGAGAUUAUUAGGAUGAUCUCUCAGUUCCAACUCAUCCUCAAGCUAGCCAUCCGCAUCAAGCAGGAAUAUGUGGCCAUUUCGCAACCAGAGCCAGGUUGGGACCUCCCGCCGUGUAUCGACGAGUCCUUUGACCAGGUCGUGCUCGAAGCGCUCAAGUACUACUUCAAGAUGCUCAACUGGAAGCUCAGCGGCAACAAGAACACGUUCAAGGAAGCUGAGCUGUUGUUCCAGGAGUGGGACUUUGGCAAUCACGUGGGCGGCCACCUGCAAAACGGUGAUAUCGAGGUGGCGGAACAAUUUAGCUCGCUCACGUACAAGGCGUUUAACCGUCUCAGUCAGACGUUUGAGAAGGAACUACAGGUCAAGGCCAAGGAGAGCUCGGCGGAGCUGAGCAAGCGGUACAAGGCGUGCCUCGACUCUGUCCGGGUGAGGCAGAGGAUGUUGCAGCGCUUCUCCCGCAUGCUGGGAGAGAACUAUGAGACGGCGUCUGAUAUGAGCAUUUCGUUUCAGCCGGAAAAGGUGCGGAACCUCUACGACAGACUCAUCGAGACGGGCCAUUUCCGGGUCGAGGUGCCGCAUUUCGAAAAGCACGGCGUCUUCCUGAUCGCCUCUCGGUCUCUGCAGUACCGACAUGACGACAUCCAAACCCUCCUCACCGUCACCUCCAUGGACCAGUUCGCCGACGAGGACGGCACGCACCCAUAUGUGUUGCUGAUCCGACCCGAAAACCCGCCAGACUGGUUCGGCGACACGAUCCAGCUCCGGGUGCGGGAGCAGAGCAUCGACCUCAAGCGAGGGUACGUGCGGCUCUGCGCGUCGGGUUCGCUCGGCCGGCUGGAGGACACGAGAAGAAUAUUCUUGGACACGCUGGAUAUGCACCUGGACCUCGUGGUGGAGCAGCGAUCCAACAUCCACAAGGUCAACUCGCGGCUGACGGAGACAAGAAAGGUGGCGUACAAGCUCUCCAACACAUUCAUGGAUAGCGUGGAGACGAUUCGGCGGCAAACGAAAAACAAAGACUGCCAGGAGCUGGUGCAGACGUGCUUCGUCUUCGCGACAGAGUUUGGGCAGCGCUCGCUUAUGUACCUGGACAGCAACCGGAAGCAGAUGAAUAUGCUGAAGCUGACGAAACUGGCCCUGGACUGGGUGUCGUUUGUCACGGACGACUGCGUGGCGUCGGACAAGCGCACGUUUCGAUGGGCGGUGCUGGCACUCGAGUUCGCCAUGGUCAUGACCGGAGGGAGGCAUAUCCUGGCGCUAGGCGAGGAUGAGUACUCGAAGUUGCGGACCAAGGUGUCGGGGUGCAUGGCGGUGCUCAUUUCGCACUUCGACGUGAUGGGGGCGCGGUCGAUGCUGGCGGCCAAGGCGGAGAAGGAGCGGAGCAUCGAGACGCUCAUGGGCCAGAUCAAGAAGGUGGACCAGAAUAGGCUGCAGAACGACAAGGAGGCGGCCAACAUCACGCUGGAGCACCGACUAGCCGCCCUGGAAGAGGUGGACGAUGUGCGGCGGCAGACAGACGCGGCGCGGUCGGCGACGGGGCGGGUGCUGGAGACGACCAACGAGGUGGACCGAUCGCUCGCCUACCUGUCGGCCUCGGCCACGUACGUGACGAUGCGUUGGCAGCAAGGCAGCUUUAUCGGCGGGGGUACGUUUGGCAAUGUGUACGCGGCUAUGAACCUGGACUCGGGUCAGCUCAUGGCGGUCAAGGAGAUUCGACUUCAGGACCCCAAGCUCAUCCCGGCCAUUGCGGGCCAAAUCAAGGACGAGAUGGGAGUGCUCGAGAUGCUGGACCACCCCAACGUCGUGUCAUAUUUUGGCAUCGAGGUGCAUCGAGACCGCGUCUACAUCUUUAUGGAGUACUGCCAAAACGGCUCGCUCGCCAACCUAUUGGAGCAUGGCCGCAUCGAGGACGAGCAGGUCAUCAUGGUGUACGCGUUGCAGCUACUCGAGGGACUCGCUUACCUUCACGAGAGCGGCAUCGUGCACCGCGAUAUCAAGCCAGAAAAUAUCCUUCUCGACCAUAACGGCAUCAUCAAGUAUGUCGACUUUGGUGCGGCCAAGGUUAUUGCUAGGCAGGGCCGCACGUUGGUCAACGAUCUUAAGUCGACGAAGCCCAACAAGUCGAUGACGGGCACGCCCAUGUACAUGUCGCCCGAGGUGAUCAAGGGCGAGAAUCCGGGACGGGGCGGCGCAGGGGACAUUUGGAGCUUGGGAUGCGUGAUUUUGGAGAUGGCGACAGGACGCAGGCCAUGGGCCAACCUGGACAACGAGUGGGCCAUCAUGUAUAACAUUGCGCAGGGCAACCCUCCGCAGCUACCGUCGACGGACCAGCUGAGCCCCGAGGGCAUCGACUUUUGA